AUGUCGCCGCGAUCUCUCAAGUCCUGGUUUGACCCCAUCGUCAAAACAGACGAAUCAGAACCAGAAGCUCCAUGGGUAGAAGUGGAUCCUCGAGGAAAUUCACAUGUACGCCGAUGGAAACGACCACGGACGACUGAUCAUUGGAAUGGCAAAUACGCGACCGUGUAUGGAAAGUUCUUUCUAACCUUCCUACCGCUCAUCGUGCUCCCUCUUAUCGCUGGGUUCUACCACCCACUUCAAAGGAAUGAGCAUACUUGUCACCGAGACGCCUACGGUAGGCAAAGAUGUAAAUUGACUGGAUAUUACUUCACUUUCGAUCAUGUUGUUAUGAUAACCUCUGCUACUUACUUCUUCCUGGCCAUCAUCCUCGAAUCAGUGCUAAUGGCCAAAAAUCGCCUGCAUCCUUGGAUGUAUAUUACUAUUUACUCCAUUGGCACAAUGUUCCCUCCCGCACUCUUCCCCGCCUCAAACGUCGCUUUUAUACGGACCCUAACUUGGACGUAUGCUAUUACUGAGUGGGUGAUUUGCGCUUCGUGCAUUCUACAUGGCAUUUGCGUUGCUAGGAUUUUGGUCAAGGAGAAGAGAAGUGCUAGACAGGUUGAGCAGGAUGCAAUUUAUGCGGAGAGUCUUUAUCAGGAUGAUGAGAGGGAGGCUAGGGAGGGAGAGUUGGUGCUUAUUGAUGAGGAAACUGCCUUUGAAGAUCAGUUCUCUGAUGACGAGCGAUCUCGGGUGAUCUCACCAAUAGUCAAGGAUAUGGUUUCAAGUGAGGAAACUGGUGAUGUGGUAGAAGAUGCUGCGAGCAAGGUGCAGGAUGAGACUUCAUCCAAUAAUUAG